AUGGGGAUGGAGUACGAGCCGGUGCCGCUGGCAGCGCCGGCGCCGAAGAAGCCGGCGGCGGGCGGGCGGGCGGCCCUGAAGCUGCUGCUGGCCCUGCUCCUCGUCGGCCUCGCGAUGCGGCUGCUCGCCGACCGCUGCGCCUCCCGCCUCCUGCCGCCCACCGCCCCGACGGAGGAGGCCGCGGCGCUCGCCGUGACGGCGCCGCCGGCGCAGGAGGAGGCCGGCGGCGGGGACGGGGUGCCCGUAACUCCCAGCGGUGCAGGGAGGUGUGAUCUCUUCCAUGGGGAAUGGGUCCAUGAUUCCUCUGGCCCAGCUUACACCAAUGCAACCUGCCGGUUCAUUGAGACUCCACAGAACUGUAUGUCGAAUGGAAGGCCUGACGAUGGUUAUCUGUACUGGAAAUGGAAACCGUAUGGCUGCGAGGUCCCGCCGUUUGAGGGCAAGACGUUUCUGGAGGACAUGAGGGGCAAACACUGGGCACUAGUGGGCGAUUCGAUCCUCCGCAACCAUGUCCAAUCAUUGCUUUGCCUUCUUUCCAAGGUUGAAGAUCCUACAGAGGUGUAUCAUGACAAAACCUACCAGUCCCGGAGAUGGCACUUCCCAUCCUACAACUUCACGCUCUCCCUGGUGUGGGCGCCGUUCCUCGUCAAGGCGGAGAUAUUCGAGGACGAGAACGGAUUCUCGUCGGCGGAGCCGCGGCUGACCUUCGACGUCCUCGACGCCAACUGGAUAAGCCAAUGGACCACCUUCGACUACGUGAUCAUCUCGACGGGGCAGUGGUUCUUCAAGAAGGCGGUGUACCUGGAGAAGGGGGCGGUGAUCGGCUGCCACUUCUGCCAGGACAAGAGCCUGAGGGAGGUGAGCAUCGACUACUCCUUCCGCAGGGCCCUCCGGGAGGCGUUCCGGUUCAUCACUGCGUCAGCGCACCGGCCGGUAGUGUUCUACCGGACGUGGUCGCCGUCGCACUUCGAGGGCGGCGAGUGGUUCAGCGGCGGGCGGUGCGACCGAAAGGCCCCGUUCAAGCCGCGGGAGGCCGGUGACCGCGCGCUGGACAACCUCAUGUGGCGGGUGGAGCGCGCGGAGUUCGCCAAGGCUGCGGCGGACGACGGUGGCAGCGGGGAGGGACGCCGCCUGAGGCUGCUGGACACGUUCGAGAUGUCGCUGCAGCGGCCUGACGCCCACGCCGGGCCGUACCGGGUAUACCAGCCGUUCGCCAAGGGGGCCGACGCCGGCAAGGUGCAGAACGACUGCCUGCACUGGUGCCUGCCCGGUCCGAUAGAGGCGUGGAACGACAUCAUCAUGCAGAUGCUGGCCGAGGACUGA